CGCAUUUCAUCGACUGUACUUGGAUUUCUUUUUUUUUUUUACACUGUCUUAGAGAGAUCUCAUUUUGAAUUGUGAGUGUGCAACAUGUUCUCUCUCUCUCUCUCUCUCUCUCUCUGCACUCAGGACAAGCAUGCUGACCUGCGUAUCUAUGGCUACGUCGAUGAUGUCAUGACCAAGCUGAUGAAGCACCUCGGGCUGGAGAUUCCGGAGUGGGAGGGGCCUGUGGUGCGGGACAGUUCCGAGGUCGUCCAGGAGACGGUGAAACAGGAAAUCAAGUCAGAGCCUCUCUCUGCCAAGACAGAGACCAAACCCCAGCCGGUCACUCCAAAACCAGAGCCUCGCUGUCACCAAAACGGGACUCGCCAGGACAGCGGAGAAAAGACAGUGGAGCAGGAGGAGGCUAGAGGAGACUGUCCCACCACCAGCCCGGAGCUGGUGGACACCAAACAGGACUGCCAGCCAGGGAGGAAGAGAGCCAAGCUGGAGCCUUUAGUAGCGUGAACGAAACAGUCGGGAAAACCACGCGGCCGCAACACCUCAUUUUAUACGCCAGAGACACACAGGGCUGUCUUUAAUACUUGCUUUGUUGGGUUUUUGUUUUUUUAAAACUUACUUUACAGUCUUGUUUUAUUUUAUAUAUACGAUCACACAGCUGGUUUCCCGGAUCCUGGUUGGCACUGUUCUUGGGCUGCCUGGCCGAAGGCAAGGUUUCAGAUUGGUUUAAUUGGAAACCUUUUAAUUGGGUUCCAAUCUGGGUCUGGGAAACAGGACUGUAGUGUAGACAGAAAGAGAGUGAAAGGAAGUAAAGGUGAGCACAGGAACUGUUUGUGAACGCUUGCCAUGGGAGGUUUGCUGCGUCCCUGCUGUGAGAGGGAUCAGGUAUCUCGUUUUGAAGCAGUCUUGUCUGGGUGAAUGUAAUGCUGGGAUGAUGAAAGGGGUGGAUCGCUGCCCAUGGGAGUCGCAUACAUUAGCGGAUCACGCGACGGCAGGGAGAGGUGUAAAGAUUUCAUUACAGAUUCACACGUCCUCCUCGCUCGGAUCAGCAUAUCAUUUACAGCCAGUCCAUCCAGGAGAGAGGCGACCUUGUGAGAUCUCUGAGGUUUCAAUUUAGAGCUGCCCUUUUAUAUGCAGACCAUUAGUUACUGAGACAGAGUCGUGAAUGAGAGGCAGGUGAAUGUGUGUGUGCUCACAUUGAUUAUUCAGUUACUCGGAUUGAGCGCUCCUCACAGAAAUCAAGUGCUGGCAGUCAAGCGAGGGUCAUCAGCCACGAACAGUGAAGGAGCAGCAGCUGCUUGAGUUUGUGCUGAUUGCUGCUUUUCACUGGGCGACAGCGAUCAACACGAACCCAAGCAGCUACUUCACUCGUUCCUCUUGGAAUGGGGACUCCGCUCGGGUACCGCCAGUGACCCUCAACUGAGGAGAGCUUGAUCUCAUCGCUGAAUAACCAGUCUGGGCAACAAACCUUUUAGACACGCGUCUGUAACGGAGGAUUCAUAAUUCUGUUUUAUAUACUGUAUAUUAAAA